UUGAGCGGCUCCUUGCCUCCUUCCUUGGGCAACCUCUCCUACCUCACCGCCAUUAACCUCCGAAACAACAGCUUCCGCGACCAAGUCCCUCCUCAAAUCGCCCGUCUCUCUCGCUUGCAGCAAAUCAACUUCACUUUCAAUUCCUUGUCCGGGGAAUUCCCUUCCAAUCUCAACACUCCCGACCUCACUGUUCUUGACCUCGCGGGGAACAACUUCUCCGGCCAGAUUCUAGACUCCCUGGCGUCCAAGUUGAAGUUGGUUUGGCUGGACCUCGGCUUCAACAGCCUGACCGGAACUGAGCUGAAAGAUGGUUACCACUUGGAUUCAGCGUUCGGAGCUUUCAGGCUCGGAUUCUUCACCGCUGCAGAUAACAACCGCUACCUGGGCAUAUGGUACAACAUGCCCGACAAUCAACAGUACUACUACCACUCCUUCAAUGACUACUAUGAACGCCGAAACCCCGAAUUGCGGCAUUCUCCCGUCUGGGUCAGCAACCCUGAUUCCCCAAUUCUCAACAAAACAGGGGUUCUUGUCCUUGCAAGCGAUGGAAACUUGAAGAUCGUAGAUGGCAAAGGCGACCUAAUCGUUGCCGUGACUAGCAUCACCCGCACUGCCGUCGAGAAAGGAGUUAAGACGAGCGCUGUUUUGCUCGAUUCCGGCAAUUUUGUGCUACGGGAGCUGAACCCAGAAGAUGGUGGGUCAGUAGAGCGGCAACUGUGGCAGAGCUUCGAUUACCCUACGGAUACCCUUCUCCCAGGGAUGAAAUUGGGGGCCAAUUUACGAACCGGGCACGUUUGGUCUCUGAAGCCAUGGUUCGCUUCCCAAAUUGGGUUCAGUUGGAGGCUGGAACCACCGGUCGAGAGGUCGACCAGCUUCUUCACGUUCGGGUUGGAGAUGAAUAAUAGUGAUAAUGGCGAAUUGGUGAUAUUGUGGAAAGGACGGGUGUAUUGGAGAAGUGGGAAGGAGCUGAACCAGAGUUUCCGUGGUUUAAACGUCAGGUACGUGUGGAAUGAGGAAGAGAGGUAUAUGGUUUACAGCGUGCAAGAAGGAGGUGGUGAUCAUGUUGCUAAUUAUCCUAGGAUAACCAUUACUAACCAUGGCAGCCUUACUGGCACCAUAGGAGUGCGAUGCGACAUGGAAUUUCAGAAAGGCGUUGGAUGUUUUGAUGGCGAUGAUAAUACGCCCAUUUGCAGCGAUGGCUAUGCGUAUCCCAGCAGUUUUGUGAUAGAAGCGUACGAAGAAUUGGCGGGCAGGGAUGUGGAAGUGGGUGGUGAUAGUCAAUGUCGUCCCAAUUGCUCCAAAAACUGCACUUGCUGGGGCUAUGUGAGGCAGAAUCGAGACGGGUCUGGGUGCCAGAUGGUGCCCAAACUGGCCUACUCAUUACCCGAGUCCACAGAUCAGAGGCGGCUGAUAUGGUUGAUCAUCGCAGGAGUUGUUCUUCCGGCAGUCUUGUUUAUGUUGUUCUUGCUUUACCUUGGCUGGAAAUGGAGAAAUCAUUUAGUAGCAAUUGUUACCCGCGUAAUGGAAAGUGUCUGUGAAUUUUGGAAGGUUUGUGGAUCGUUGUUGGCAAUGUGGAAGGAAUAUUACGUCCUGCUUCGGCUAUCUAAGGCCACAUCGGAUGCAGAGAAAGAGAUACUGUUACAUGAGCUAGGGAUGGCUGGGGAAGCUGCCAAAUGGUCUAGAGGUUGCUAUAAAAAGACUUUCAACAAGCUCAAGGCAAGGACUAGCCUCAAGAAUGAGGUAAGACUUAUUGCCAAACUGCAGCACGACAAUCUGGUCAGGCUGGUUGGUUGCUGUAUAGAGAAAGCAGAGAAGAUCCUGGUCUAUGAAUAUUUGCCCAACAAAAGCCUUGAUUUCUCACUUUUUGCUCCCACAGACCAGAAUGCACUGGAUUGGAAGAAAAGGUUAGACAUUAUUCAAGGGAUAGCUCAAGGACUUCUUUACCUGCACAAAUAUUCAAGGCUGAAGAUCGUCCACAGAGAUCUGAAGGCUAGCAAUAUCUUACUCGACGGUGAGAUGAACCCCAAGAUAUCGGACUUUGGGUUGGCCAAGAUAUUCCAUCCCAACGAAUCUCGAGCAAUCACUGCACGGGUUGCUGGAACUUUUGGGUACAUGUCUCCUGAGUAUGCAAUGGAAGGAGUUUUCUCGACGAAGUCAGACGUGUUCAGUUUUGGAGUUCUGUUGCUGGAAAUUGUGAGCGGCAAGAGGAACAAUCACUUUCAUGCUGAUCAGGAAGGCCCAAGCAGUCUCAUUGCGUGGGCUUGGGAACUAUGGAGAGAAGGAAGAGGAAUAGAACUGGUGGAUUCAGCCAUGGCCAUGGGCACUGACCACAGCAGCAACAACAUGGUCCAUAAUGAAGCACUGAAGUGUAUUCAGAUAGGUCUUUUGUGUAUACAGGAGAACCCAAGGGAUAGACCCUCCAUGUUAGAGGUCGCCUCCAUGAUCUACAACAAUGAUUCAUCCCAGUUGCCGUCUCCAAAUCGGCCAGCAUUUUAUUACAAAUUUCAGGAGGCUGCUGAGAUUAUUGAAGAGCAGGAGGAGAAUUGGACAGUGAACCAGGUUACCAUCACCGAAAUGAACGCCAGGUAAUCAAGCAUCUCGUGGAGUCUCUUUCUAGUGAAAAUUAAACAAUCUUUUUAAGAUCAAAAUGACGGUCGCCAAAAAGGAACAAAAUGGUUGCCAGCUUGUACCGAGGGUUUGAUUGCUUUUUUUGCAACUACUAGUUGGUUGCGAAUGCUCUUUUCUGGAAGUGCAAUGUGGAUGUAUAUUGAUUACUCUCUUACACCUCAGUAAGGACAUUUAUGUACGAAAAUCAAGUCCUUUAAUAUAGAUCACUGAUCAAACAGUUACGAAC